AUGGUCGCCAAAUCAAAAUCGACCAAGAGGUCAGCAAAUACCAUCGAACCGAGGCCGGACAAGGCCACCACAAUGCAACUUGCUACAUCACAGCACAACCACGCCCCAUACUGGCCACCUAUCCAAACUCUGCCGUCCUCGGAGCUCGCAAUCGAGAUUCUGUUGAAAGACCAGAUUUUGACAAUCUCCCAGCUUUGGACGAGUAAACUUUGCAAAUCCUACGUGACCUUCCUCAAGACGCUGCCGCUAGUGACCACCCCCGGCAAGCCGAAAAAAGGCGAGGCUGUAAGGGUGAACGACAGGUACCAGGUCAACGAUGCGCGCUUCGCCGAGCAGCUAUGGUCAUGCACUGCCUUGAAAGAUCUCGUCACUCAGCCCGUCAUCGACGGCGUGGAGCUCGAUGAAAAUGCGCGCUCGGAGCUCUGGGGCGGCGACGUCUUGGGUCUGAAUCCCAAUAUACGCAUCUAUCGCUACAGCAAAGGGCAAUUUUUCGAUCAGCACUAUGAUGACAGCAACAACAUCGAUUUCCCUUCGGCCGAAUCUCCGAACCGUGUCGCAGCGAAGACGACCUGGACGCUUCUUCUCUAUUUGACCUCGCCAGCAACUGGAUGCCAAGGCGGCGAGACAGUGUUCUAUCCUGAAGCGUCGAGUAAGCGCGAGGCUGCGCCGCCGCCGGUCGUCGCCGAGCUAGAAGUCGGCAUGGCACUCUUGCAUAGACAUGGCAAAGACUGUCUUCUGCAUGAAGGUCGCGAGGUCACCGAAGGCGAGAAAUGGGUUAUUCGAAGCGAUCUGGUAGUGAAACGGUGA